AUGCUGAUGCUAGAAGGCAUUCUGCACGCUUUUGGUCUUAGCCCUGCUUCCACGGAAAUCAGAGCUCCUUUUGUGGCUGCCCUCCUCCGCUCUUUUGCCAGUCAGGAGACACCCUCGGUGGUCGUUCUACAAGCUCUGAAUGAGGAGCUAACACAAGGCCUAUCCUCUGACCCCGCUGUUUCCGCCGGUCCACAGCCCUCGGGACACCAAACCUCCGAGACGGUAGCUGCCUCGGCGCUUAUUGAGCCACCAGCCCCCAGCCCUGCAGACUCAGUCAUACCCCGCCGCUCUGAUCAACCCGCACCCGAGCCGUCGCCAGCAGGGCAAGUGCCUCCGCUCCCUCCUACUAUGAAGCUGCGCCUUACGCGUAAGGGCAAGAGAACGGCCCCAGUCACCGCAACUUCUCCUCCACCUCCUCGCCGUCAACGCGUAGUGAGCAUCUCUUCCCCCACCAGGUCCUCGGACACGAGCUCAACCCAGGAGACAAGCUUGGCCCGGGAGAAGGCCUCUGAUCUGGAGGUGGCAGACCCGCCAUUGGACCUGACCGCUCCGGUGCCCAUCCAGAGUGUAUUGCCUGCCCCGCCUUCGUCCUCUGGCGAUCAGCCCCCGGACUCGCUGGCUCCCUCCGCCUCUCCUCUUCUUGGGCCUCCGAGCUCGGCCCUGCCGACUCUGAACUUGGCUUCUGCAGACCUGGCCUUUGAAGCUUCCUGGAGGCUCCCUUCAGAGACCGACCCGGCCUACGUGCCCGCUGCCGACCUAUCGCUUAUCUUUGCUCCUCCCGAGCCUUCUCUUGGAAGCUUGGAUGCUUAUCUGCGUGCCGCCGGGGAAUCUGCGGCCUCUGCUCGGGCCAUUUCCCAUGCUGCCUUCGAUAAACUUCAACAGUUGGAGGCGGCUUUGAAGACAAGUGAGUCUUCCUUGGCUUCUGAAGCAGAUCGUCAUCAAGCGACAGUUUCUGAGCUGAAGGCCAAAGAGGCAGAGCUGCUCUCCCAAUCGGCGGAUUUGAGUUCGCUACAACAAAGUCAGGAGCUCCUGCAAACGGGGUUGGCCGAUGCCCAGGCCCUGGCUAGUGCUGCCGCUAGCCGGGAAGCAACCAUGCGGACUCAGUGGGAAGCUUGCCAAGCCACUCUCCAAUCCUUGCGAGCGGAGUUAUCGAAGGCCCAGGAAGCAGUGUCUCAAGGCCAGGGCGAUUUAUCCGUGGCCCGCGCCGAGGUUGCCGAGAACAAGAACAGUUUGGAAGCGUACCGAGCUGGCGAAUUAGAGCGGCUGAAGGCGUACAGGCCGCUGGAUGGUCUUGUUGCUCUGUCAUGGGGCCACUGGGAAUUGCCGCAGGAAACUUUCCAUUCCUUCGAAGCUGAUGACGGACUUUUCCUCCUGGAGGCUCCUCAUCCUGCGGCCGAUCCAGCUCCCGAGGACAUCUCUGCCCAGGCCCCUCCUGUUGCUGCUUCUGAAGCGUCCGCUGAUCCUGCGUCUUCCAACAUAGUGCCAGCCGACCCCGGGCUUCGUCCGUUGGCUUCCCGCGACCCUGUCCCCUCUUCUUCAGAUGUUGUGUAG